GAGAUGCGGAUCCAGAGGUAGCUGACCGCUGGAUCCGUGAGUUGGAGAAGAUGGGAUGUCCUCCAGAGAGGAGGUUAGCAUAUGCUGUAUAUAUGCUUGUGGGAGAGGCCGAGCAUUGGUGGGGAAGCGCCUAUCAGAUGCUUACUUCUAGAGGAGUUGUAGUUGACUGGGAGUGUUUCAGGACGGUAUUCAUGGAGAAGUACUUUCCGGAGAGUAUAAGGCACGCCAAGGAGGCUGAGUUCCUGCGGUUACACCAGGGUGGGUUGACUGUAUCGGAGUAUGCGAUGAGGUUCGAGCACUUGGCUCGUUUUUACUCACAGACUAUUUCAGAAGCCUGGAAGUGCAAAAAAUUUGCUGAGGGAUUAAAGUAUGAAUUGAAGAAGGUGGUGGUGCCUAUGGCCAUCACCGAGUUUCCUGCCUUGGUAAAGAAGGCAAAGAUUGUGGAGAGGUUAGAAGGGGGUAACCGUGUGGUCAGAGCUACCGAGAGAUCAGCUGAGUCCAAGAGGGGAGGUGGAAGUCAGAGGAAGCCCUAUGAUAGGCCCCAGUCACAGCAAGGGGGUCCUGUCAGUAGGCAAUCCUCCAGUACGGCUAGUGGAGGUAGACAGGGUGGAGGUGCCACUCUAAGGUGUUACAGGUGUAGUGGAUCCCAUUUGAUCAGGGAUUGUCCACACACGGAGAGUAGAUGUUACAGAUGCCAGCAGAUGGGCCACUUGUCAUUCAACUGUCCCACCGGGAGUAGAUCGGAGGAGAGUACACCGAGGAGAGAUGCGCAGAGAGAUGAUAUUCAGAGGAGUGGUGUGCAGAGAGCUGAUACUCAAAGGAGUGGUGUGCAGAGGACUGAGACUCAGAGGGGUGACAGACCCACUGCAGCUGGUAUGGUGUUUGCUCUGACGGGUGCUGAAGCUUCGACUUCUUCUGAUCUUGUGAACCGGAAGGGCAUAGCUGCUGGUAAGGAUGUGAUGAUUCUCUUUGACUCGGGUGCUACGCAUUCCUUUAUAUCUUAUGCAUGUGUUGCUAUUUUGGGUGUGCUUGUGUGUGACUUGGGGUUGAGACUACUUGUGUCGACGCUCGCUUCUGCUUCUGUGAUUGCUUCUGAGUUGUGUGUGGGUUGCCCGGUUGUGGUGAAUGAGAAAAAGUAUAAGAUUGUGCCAAUAGACGAAACCGAGAGGGUCUUAGCUGAUAUUGAGGUGGUGAGAGACUUUACUAAAGUAUUUCCUGAUGAGGUGCCAGAACUACCUCUUGUGAGGGAGCUGGAGUUCAGCAUAGACCUG